GUGUCUCCACCAACAGCACACAGGACGGAGCCAACAGCGACGGUUUCCAGACCUGCCGAGCCUGAUGACUCCUCUGGGAUUGUUGCUUCUGUGAAAGCCACGACAAAGGCCCCGCUGCCGGUCCCUCCUCAGCUGCUCGCCCUCGCCCCACAGCUUGGGGUAGAAGAACAGGCGCCUAAUGUGUUGAAACAAAAGCCUGGGAUAACAUCAGCUCCAUUUCUUCCUGAAGAGUUACCAUCAGUGGAAGCACAGAGAGACACUGUCCCUGAUGAAGCUCUGCCAAGUCCAGCACCAUCUGUCCCUUUAGAUGUCCCACACCAGCCUGCAGCCUCUGUCCCUGGCUAUGCUCAGGAUGUAGCGCAGUGGAACUGCUCCCACCAGCAGAAAAUUUGGAUGAAGACUGAGCUGGAGGCGUUGGGGCUGUGGCCGGGGUCACGUCCUGUUCGUCAUCCUAUGAACAUGCUGUCCUUGUGGCGUAAUCCACCUCAGCCUGAGCUCAUAGACUCAAUCUCUGAGCUGCCAUCACCUAAAUACUGUCAGCUUCAUCCUUUUUUCAUUUGGAAGCCGGAGCACACAAUCAUGGAGAGGGUAAGGAACAAUUACAUCUUGCCCUGCCUUCAUGAUUGUCCCAACCCUCAGGUAGCUUCUUCUGGCAUUGGAAGGCCAAGAGUUAUCAUUGGCACCAGCGGCCAGUACUAUAUUUUAGCCUCACGGCUCACCUGCAAGGCCUGUAGGAAGUACUGGCAUGCUGACAAGCCCCAGUGGCUGGAGAAGCUACCAGAGCGCUUCAGCAACAUUGUUCCGGCUUUCCUAACUCACAAAAAGGCCAUCUGCAAAUCAGUAAUGGAUGAGAUGAGGCGCAGCGGCAGAUCACCGGAGGACAUGGCUAAGCAGCUGACGGAGGCACUCCACCUUAAAUAUGAGAGAGCCCACCUGGCCUACCUGCUCAGUGUGCAGAACAUCAGGGAUGCUGAGGCAGGAGUUUACGGCCAGAGAACCAUCACUGGGCUUCUCAGACAGGCAGACACUCCGGCUCCAUUCGGUGGCUACUCCGAUGCUGACGGCUGGUGUGGAGUGUCUAUUUCUUCUCACUACCUGGUCGACUGCCUGGUCCGUGAGUUUCAACGGCAGGAGCAGCUCCUCACUCUGUUGCUACAGGGGACGUUUGGACAAGUACUCAGGUCAGAUCACACACGCAAAGUGGCUAGGAAGGUGGUGCUGUCAUCCGGCACAAUGUCUUCCUAUGCCAUAAUGAAUGAGAACUGGAUGAUCUUGAGCUGGGUGAUGCUGCAGUCGGAGUGCGAUCGGUCCCUCUAUCCUCUGUAUGAGGGGCUGUCUCGGCGCUACACUGCAGCUGGAGUGAGGAAGGCAAGCUACCACUGGGUUGACAGGGACUGCUGUGCUGCCUUCAAGGUCCUGGACCCUGGUCAUCAGGAGCAGCUGCUGUGGGACUGCUGGAGGACAUCAGAGGCCACCGUGGCGAAGGCGACCUCUGGCAACCUUGCCAACAACAGUGCCUCGAGGAGCAAGUUUAACAAAGACAUCAGCAUCAAGUUAGACUUGUUUCACUGCAUGAGGCGCUUUACCAGGGAGUGUGUGUCUGAACAUCACCCUCUGUUCAGCUCCUUCUGCCAGUUCCUCUCUGCAGCAUUUGUUGUGGUGGACCAGAGGGAUCUACAAAGGCUCACAGAGGCAUACACCUUCUGUGGAAUCUCUCCUGCAAAUCCGACAAAGCAGCACAUAAGAGAGCACUGCAGGACAAAGGUGCCACAGCCGAGGGAGCUGCUGCAGAGGGUUGAAGAUGUGUUGCACCACUUCUACCUGGCAAAGGACGCCAAUGAUGUGCCCCUGUUUAAGGCCUCCAUGCUGAAGUUGUGGAGGAUCCAACGCGUCCACAUCCUGAGAGGCUGCCUGAGCGACCCUGACGUCGGGGAGGGAAUUCUCUACAGGUAUGGUGGUACCUUGCAGCUCAACUACAACAAGGGUGCAGGAGCCGCUGUACCUGUUUGGAUUCCAGUGAGAGGCACCUCUCAGCAGGAGGGCUUCCACUUUCACCAAGCCCAGUGGGUGACAGGCAACCGGGUGUCCUGUGAACUUUUCCAGGCCCAGGCAAUGACUGGAGUGGUGCGGUGGAACUUCCAGAGGCUGGUGGACAUGAAACAGCCUGGUGUGGAGCUGCCAGCUGUGUUCGACCCCCUGUUAAUUUCAGGACUGAACACAGCCUCUGUCAAGGUGACAGGCCAAGCAAAAUAUCCCAGGCUGCAAAAUACAAACAGGGACACAGGGGAGAGAUUUGGACUGCAGUUUGUGGAGCCAGGUUGUCGUCCUGUUGUGUUGAACUGGGACAAGCACAAGGUACAGCCCAACAUCCCAGCUGCUGUAGCCAUGGAGACAGAGGAUCACUGCCCUGCUGCUGUGGUGGACACAGACUCUCAGGAGACCAGUGAUGAGCCAGUUGGAGUGGUGCCCAUCCUAUCUUUCCAGCAGGGCUCUGAAACCCUUUCCCAAUCCCAGCAGUCCCAGCAAUCCCAGCAGUCCCAGCCAUCCCAGCAGUCCCAGCAAUCCCAGCAGUCCCAGCAGUCCCAGCCACCCUUGAUACCAGCUGCGGCCAGAGCCAAAUCAGAGACUCAGUCUUUGAUGGAUACAGGGGUAGCACCGCUGCCUGUUUCUUCCUCUCCCCGGGCCGCCCGCACUGGACCAAUCAAGACGGGAGGCCUUGUUCAAGUCUUGGACCACAGCCGGUGGACAGAAGCCAUGAGAGCUGCCAUCGACGGGCUUCUGGUUAAGCACCAUGGGUCAAAAGACUUUCUGAAGCGGGUGGACGCAGACUAUGCUGCCAUGGUCCAGAGAGCGUGCACUGACCCCAACAGCCUCCUUCAUCCAACCACAUGCCAACAUAUCUCCAGAUAUGUAAAGCAUCUGGCCAAAUUAAAAAACACCAGCUCCUCCCUCAAUACCAGCCCAGAGAAAGUUUUGAGACACAGCAGCUGUGGCACAGUGUUUAAGACAUAUGCAGACGAAGGCCUCACAAACCCUCGGAUGUCUUUUGAGGACUUUGCUGCGUCUCCAUUCUUUGAGCGGGAGCUGGAGGGCGCCAGACAGAGGGGGGGGGCUGAGUGGAGGAGGGUGGCAGAGGAAAGGGCAAAGAGGAAGUCAGAAGUGCAGCUUCCAACAGGUCGCCUGUGCAGGUUCUGUCAUCAACCCCUAAAGCAAGGCCCUGACAGCCCUCACGAGUUCCUUAAAGUGCUCCUUUCAUCGCUUGACAAUAUUCCCAGUCAAGGUCAGGAGUUCUUCUGCCCUGCUGAACACAGCCUGAGUCAAGGCCUGCUUUGCCCUCAUGAGUCGUCGUCAACGGUUUGCCAGAACUUCCUUGAGGCCAACCGAAAUUCCUCCUUCAUAGCCUCCAGCAGAAAUCAACAUGUGGAGUUCCUUAAAGUGCUCCUUUCAUCGCUUGACAAUAUUCCCAGUCAAGGUCAGGAGUUCUUCUGCCCUGCUGAACACAGCCUGAGUCAAGGCCUGCUUUGCCCUCAUGAGUCGUCCAAAGCGGUUUGCCAGAACUUCCUUGAGGCCAACCGAAAUUCCUCCUUCAUAGCCUCCAGCAGAAAUCAACAUGUGGAGUUCCUUAAAGUGCUCCUUUCAUCGCUUGACAAUAUUCCCAGUCAAGGUCAGGAGUUCUUCUGCCCUGCUGAACACAGCCUGAGUCAAGGCCUGCUUUGCCCUCAUGAGUCGUCCAACGGUUUGCCAGAACUUCCUUGA